GAUUGAGCAGCUCUGAAGUAAGAACAAAGCAUCAGGGAGACGGACAAUCGUUGUAAGUUCUUGAAUUGAUAUCAUUAUUCAUUUUGGAUUAACGAUCUUAACUCGUGAAAUUACCAUAAGGACAUGGUUAUUUGCAUAUAACAAACAAAUGCAAAGGUUGUAUUGUUCUUUGAGAUAUUUGGAGAUGAAACGUGGGUUCGGAGACGAAACAACGCCGUAGUUGGAUGCCGGAAUAUGAAGAGUGGUUGGCGGACUCGGCCCACAGCGACACCAUCGCUUGAUCUCCGGCCACUAUUGGAGCGAGUAGCCCUUCACCGCGAUCAGAGCCGCCGUGGCUCCACCCUAGCUCCGCCGCUCUCAGCCUCUGUACUGAACUGGAUUAUCAGCUGUUUUGGUAUCUGUGAGGUGUGGAGUACUGUGUCUUCGUCGAUUUUGGGGCAUAUGCAUGAGAUUUGGGGAUCUACAACAACAAGUUUUGGAGAGGAAGAGAGCUGCUGAUUUGGUCAUGCAGGGAAUUAAUCAAGGUGUUGAAAUGGUUGUUAUGGGGAAUGGCGGUAAAGAGGAAUUGAAGUUUGGGUUGGAACAGAAUUGAUUUCCCUUGCAAAAUGCAUCUCAUACAUGUCCAGGACUUGUGAAGACCAGGUUGGAACUUCCGGCUACCACAUGUUUGAGUUGGAAAAUUGAGCAAACAAGUGUAGUCUGGAGAUUGAUUACAAGCAAUUUGUCUAUGUUCAUCCCAAUAUUGCUAUUUUGCUGGCUUAUGCACCCGAGUCUGUCCUGGAAGUCAUGGAAGAUGUUGCGAAGAAUGUUGUGUUUAAUUUACACCCCAAUUACAAAUUUAUCCAUCAAAAGAUCUAUGUUCGCAUAACUAACUUACCUGUUUAUGAUCAGAUUCGUAACAUUAGGCAGAUUCAUUUGAAUACCAUGAUUCGUAUCGGAGGGGUUGUGACCCGACGCACUGGAGUGUUUCCCCAGUUGCAACAAGAGAGUGGGUCAACGAUUGCUUCUCAGGCAGAUUAUCAAGACUUUGGGAGGGUUCAGUUAGAGGUUUACAAUGCUGCUUCAUUUGGAUGGGUAUAUUGGACACUGAAAGAUUGAAGAAUGAGACCUCACUGGGAUUUUGAAUGGAACAUUAGAAACAAUUAUUGUCAAUUAAGUAAUUGUCUAGACUUGUCUGUUCUUUGUUAGUAAUUGAACCAAGGGAUGAUAGGGAGGAUAAGAGUAAGAUGAACAUAUACAUGUGCAAAAUGUGUGCUACAUUAGAGUUGGUGAUGCCGGAAUGAUUUACUGUUCGGUAAUGUAAAGGAGAUAACGUAUGAUUUGCUAUGGAUAUUGACAUUUAGAGUUUC